AUGUCCACUGAAGCUUGCUUAGUGAAAGCAAUUUAUUCCUUUAAAGGAAAAAACAAUGACGAACUAUGUUUCAAAAAAGGUGACAUUAUAACAGUUACUCAAAAGGAGGAGGGUGGAUGGUGGGAAGGUACAUUGGGUGAAACAACAGGAUGGUUCCCUAGUAACUAUGUGACAGAUUAUAAAGAUACAUCAGGAUCAUUGACUACAUCUCCCAUAAGAGCAGCAUCAGAAAUACAAGCAUUUAGAAAUGUUGUGCUAAAAGAUAUUAUAGAUUCUGAAAAAGCUCAUGUGGCUGAAAUGCAAGGUCUUGUAAGCAACUUUCUGCAUCCAUUAGAGACAAGUGAAAUGCUUACAAAAGAUGAAUUUAAGCAGUUGACAGGUAAUAUCAUUGAAGUGCUGCAAACCCAUGAACAAUUCCUUGUUCUACUUGAAGAAUGUGCAACAAAGACAGGUCCAGAUCAAAGAGUGGGAGGACUAUUUUUACAGUGGGCACCUAGGAUUAAAGCUGUUCAUCAGACUUAUUGUGCUGGUCAUCCAAAGGCUGUGUGCAUCCUUGACAAAUAUAAAGAAGAGUUAAACACUUGGAUGGAGAAUGCUGGUGCGGUAUGCCCUGGAGUACUUGUAUUAACCGCAGGCUUAUCAAAACCCUUCCGACGUCUUGGAAAAUACCCUGCCAUGUUACAAGAGCUAGCAAGGCAUGUACAUGAAGCACAUCCAGACAGAGGUGAUACACAUAGAGCAUCUGUUGUCUUUAAGGAUAUUGCAAGUGCUUGUUCUGCAUUGAGGCGUCAAAAAGAGUUGGAACUCCAAGUGGUAACUGGUGAAGUACGGGGCUGGCCAGGUGGCGAACUAUCCUCUCUUGGGGAUGUGCUGCAUAUGGGUAGUGUAGCAGUGGGCCCGUCACAUCAAGAUAGAUAUCUUGUACUUUUCCCAUCGGCUUUACUUCUAUUAUCAGUCAGCAAGAGAGUUUCGGCAUUUGUUUAUGAGGGAUGCCUUCCAUUAACAGGUAUAACGGUCUGCAAAUUAGAUGAUACAGACUCUAGAAAAAAUGCAUUUGAAAUAAGUGGACCCAUGAUAGAUACAAUAGUAGCAGUAUGUCAGACUAGGGCUGAAGCGGACAACUGGGUUAGCUUAUUGCAAAAACAUUCUAACACAAGCAGCCCUUCUCAUGAACCUGGUCAACCACAGUCGUUGCCGCAUCUGACCCGAUCUCCUUCCGAAGGGGCAUUGUCUAGCCUCAAUACCAGUCGCCGCAGUCUGUAUCAUGUGACAUUGCCGCCGCCUAGCUAUCCCUCUGCGUCGCCGUAUUAUUCCCUAACGAAGUAUUUUGCACGUUUAGUUAAAAAAAAGGUUAUCACACGACAAAUGUUGCGGCGAUUGCUACAUGAGAGAACUUGGGCCAAAGCAUUUGAGUUGUCAGGAUUACCAGUAAGACGGAGGCACAAAAAUCAUAUAAGAUUAAGAAUUGAGAAUGAUGGGACAAUAGGCACUGAAACUUACUGUUCUGACAGUGAUAGGAAUUCGGAAGACAGUGACAGAGAGAUGGAUACAACGGAGACAUAUUCAAAUUCAAGUUGCACAGAUGCUGAAAUUAAUGAUUCCUCCAAAAUAACGCGCCAAAACGCGCUGGAUUCUUCUAGUCCACGAACAAUAUCAUCUUCAUGUAGCAGCUGGGACAAUAACUUUGGCUAUGUGCGUUGCUUUGAUGCAUCCACAGACAUGCAUCUGGACAUAACACAGCCAUAUGUUAAGGGUGACUGUACUAAAGACAUAUUUCUACCGAAAAUGGAUACACAAAUUCCUCCCGGAUUUCAUAGCAAUGAUCUCCAUCCGCAUUUCCAACAUUCCGAUAAUAACGAAAAUUCUAAUUACGAUGUGAGAUCUUAUAUGGCUUGCGAAGAUUUAGUUAAUAUAGAUCAAAAUAGACAAAUUGGAACUCUCAUAAACGAUGCAUCUGAUUUCAUUCCUACAAGACGUAGUUUUCCACACUGCAGUGUUAAAAAUGAAUGUGGUCAAAAGUUGUGGAAAUCUACUGAGGAGAAUUAUCUACGUGAAGAAGCAGAACGUUCUGACGACGUUGGCACUUUUCUGCAAGAUUUAGAGCCGCCAUCUCCGAAAUAUGAUCGUGUGAGUCUGGUUGGCUCAAUUAUAAUAGAGCCACCACCUAUGUUUCGGAAUAAUGAUGACGAUUUAAAAGUAAUCAAUGUCAAUCUUAACACUAAUGUACCAUUUCGAAAACAUUCAUUGAAUUCUGAUAAAAAAAUUCGCAGAUCCGUAUCCAAAUCAAUGGUUGAAACGGAGAAUAUUAAGAAAAACGAUCUGCACUUUCAAAGAAUGAGUUCUCAAUCCGAAACACGUAAAGCAACUAAGAAAUGUGAGUGUUGUAACAGAUCUCUUUGUCCAAGUCCUCGAUCAUCUGAUUCGGGAGUUGCUGGUAGUUGCAACUUGGCAUCCCCCGAAUUAAACAUGCAUGAAUACACAGGCACCGGUGGCGGUAGUAACGAUUCAGAUAGUCAAGCUCACGAUUCAAAAAGUCAUGGAACGCAGGAUAAUUUCCAUACAGGUCAUCGAAAGUUAACUUUGUCCGAAAUCGAGGCGGCUGCGUUUGAAGAUCAAUGUAGGUGUACCUCACCGUUUGGCUCUACCGCAAGAACGUCCUGUGUGACAAGUGUAACAUCUGAAAGUAAUGUAGAUGUUAUAGACUCUUCCAACACACUUGUUAAAUCUACUUUUGUCGGUAAUCCGCCAGUAUCAACUUCUCAAAUAAAACGUACCUCUAUAAGAAGAAACAUAGAACGAUAUGUACCCGAAAUAAAAAUCAAACCUGAAGUACCUCCACGGAUUUACCGAAAGCCUAGUACUCAUAUGGAACAUCCAAAAAAUGUUCGUCAUCCCAUCCCUUGCCAGUGGAGUACGUUGAACAUAACUGAACGCACUAAGCCCAGUUUACAUUAUCAUAUGCGCAUAUAUAGAGAAAAACCAGAUGAAAAUACCACUAGUAGACCAUCUCGUGAAAAUAUGUUACGGAAUUGCGAUGUUUUUAAUAAAGAAAAUCGGUCAAAAGAUGACACUGUACGUAAGACUAGAUCGUUGAGCGAGGAUUUAAUGAAAUCCCAAAAAGUUUUGACGGAGGCUCAGACAGGCUUUGUCGUGUACCGCUCCGAUUUAUAUGCUCACUGGUGGAUGAAAGCCAAAUUACCCAUUACCGUGGUCACCGACUCAGGCAAGGAUUAUUUUUUUAUGGCCAUGAGCGACAGCAAUAACGAAUUAUCAUCAGGCCUUAGCAGCCACAAAAGAUCACAUUCAUUUAACAAUCAUCAAAGUUACACACAACAUACGCAACAAACGCAAAAAAACAAGCACAAGAAUCAAUCUGGUCGCUGGCUCUUGAACUCCUGUGACUCUUUGGAUCAAUCACCUGUUAAAUCUAAUAAAACUCCAAUAGCAAAGAAAUUUUCAUCAGUUGACUUUACUGACACAACUGACUCUGCUUAUAUAAACAAAGGGUGGAGCAUAACAUGUUUACGCCCCGCACCACCACUGAGACCACAAUCAUUCACGGUCGGCUCAGACGAAAACAUCGGGCCCACGCAUCCUUACGCACCACACCAACGAAAAUCUAACUCCUACGAGGAAGACGCCCUUAUUUUGAAGGUUAUCGAAGCAUAUUGUACUUCGGCGCGGUGUAGAAACGCCGUUAGUUCCGUGGACUGCGGCCACUUUUCACUUGGUAAAGUACAAUAUCAUGCACUCGCUACUAACAGCCCUAACCGUAACAAUACAAAAUUGCCGUUCAUGCUGAGGAGCGAAACGCCCGAUUACGUCGGCUGCAACAGAUCGACUAAAGUGAAGCGUAACAAAAGUUCGUCGGCAGCGGACGCAUAUUUGUAUCGUGCACCGGAAAGCCGUUGGCUGCUGUCAGAUAGGAGGCUCCAGAUGAAUCGCUCGAACCCAAAUUUAUGGGAGUGUUCGGAAGAGCGAGAUCGUAGGCGAAGGUUACAUGAAAGUCGGGAACGACGGAGCGGUUCACACCCAAGUCUUGCAGCUCCGCUUCACUCAGUAGCACCCGCUCCCGUGCCCGCACCCGCUGCACGCUCGACCCGCUCUUCGACCUGGUGUUGCGGCAAUUUUGUUAAACAGCUCACAAAAUCACAUCAUUUUGAUUGA